CCUUGACCUUCUGAAUAUAUGCCUCAAUAAUGAUGCAGGAAAAACUGCCCCAAGGUAAGGGAGGAUGCUGGACUCUGAGACUCUGGUCAGCUGCUGUGAUUUCCAUGUUACUCCUCAGCACCUGCUUCAUCAUGAGCUGUGUGGUGACUUACCAAUUCAUGAUGGAGAAGCCCAAUAGAAGACUGUCUGAACUUCACACAUAUAAUUCUAAUUUCACCUGCUGCAGUGACGGGACUAUGGUUUCAGGUAAAGUCUGGAGCUGUUGCCCAAAGGAUUGGAAGUCAUUUGGCUCCCACUGCUACUUUACAACUGACUUCGUGGCAAAUUGGAAUGAGAGUAAGGAGAAAUGCUCCCACAUGGGUGCUCAUCUGUUGGUGAUCCACAGCCAGGAAGAGCAGGAUUUCAUCAACGGGAUCCUGGACACUCGUUGGGGUUAUUUUACAGGACUUUCAGAUCAAGGCCAGAAUCAAUGGCAAUGGAUUGAUCAGACACCAUACAAUGAGAGUGUCACAUUCUGGCAUGAAGAUGAGCCCAACAAUGACUAUGAAAAAUGUGUUGAAAUAAAUCAUCAUAAGGAUAUUGGAUGGGGCUGGAAUGAUAUCGUCUGCAGUAGUGAACAUAAGUCAAUUUGUCAGGUGAAGAAAAUAUACUUAUGACUUACAUGUCCUCCAUGGCUGUGGGAUUGCAUUGUGAUCUACCAGUACACAGAUAUCU